AUGAGGACCACCCUGCUGUUCGCAGCCAUCCUGGCUCUCAGCCUCGCUCCAAGCUUUGGAGCUGUCUGUGAGGAAUCACAGGAGCAGGUGGUACCCAGUGGGAGUCACAGCAAGGACUCGGAUCUGUACCGGCUGCCUCCAUCCCUGCUGCGGAGACUCUACGACAGCCGCUCUGUCUCUCUGGAGGAAUUGCUGAAAGUGCUGAGCAAGGCUAGCAUGGAUUCAAAGGAAUUAUCCCUUCCCCAGAAACGUGACAUGCAUGAUUUCUUUGUGGGACUUAUGGGCAAGAGGAACAGCCAACCAGACACUCCUACCAAGGUGAAUGAAGAGAAUAUGCCCAGUUUUGGUACCCUUAAGUAUCCCUCCAGUGCAGAAUGAGCACUCCACUUCUGGACCCCUGGCCAUGAAGACACUGUCCCAGUCUGGAUCCCAGGUGCAUGCUCUCCUGUUUCUUCAUGCUUGUAACAUUGCUACAUUCUGACUUCUUCCCCAUUCCUUCUCCCCAGCCUGGCAUAGCAACUGCAUGGUGGAUCUCCUAAUCCCCAGGCACAUUGCUGUCCUUUCUAUAGACCAGCUGUAGUUUCCAUAGGGUUCUGCA